GACGGCGUGUCAGUAACACUUCCUUCCAUAGGCCACAUUGUCAAGUAUUCACUAUUCCGGAAGGUCUGUAUAGUACAUGCGAACUAUGUACACGUUCUUAGACUGAUUUCCAAGACUGGGUGGAUAUAAAAGGCAAGAACCAUCGUUUUGGUCAGCUGCGACUUUUCUCAGACGUCACCCGGCGGCCCGGAUUAUCACAAAGGCAAAGAGGCAAGGGACAUUUCAACAACACAAUCACAACGCAGAGACGCUGGUUUUGCGAUCCUCCCUCAGGAUACUGUUUGUAUUAUACCCCGCAUAAUCCAGGGCCCUCUCAAAAGUCCCUUGCGGCAGCUGGCUAUACAUAAAGAACAACUUCCCAUAGGAAUUGGGGCGACACCGAUACAGCCGCUUACUACUUCGACGAUUUUGGCCGAACCAGAAUUUUACAGACGAAUACCAUUCCGCAAUUAUAGACUGCAGGUCCUAUGAGACAAUAGCCCGCCCAGAUGCUAUAUCCCACCCUGGGCAUCCUUGCGCUCUGUGCCGGAGUGAUUACUUCUGCUCGCGCGCUAGAGCAAGACCACUUCGACACCCCGAUCCACUCGGAAUGGCUGGACAGUCAUACGCCGACCGGGACAGCCGGCGAUGGGAAAAUUCAAAAAGAUAUCCCGAGCUAUGUGAUUGAGUAUGCUCCCCUGGUGCAUCUCGCCGAGGACGAAAUACACUGGCCUAGUCUUAUGGAUGAGCAUUUGGUCCACACAAAACCAUAUGUGGAUUUCAAGCCCGUGCCAAAGGAUGAACAGCAUCCCACAUUAUGGGACUUAGGGGACCUUGACAAGCACGAAGGCGGCCGUCAUCUCUAUCUCCAGAGCCGGGAUGAUGUGAUGACGAGCCCGGCUUGGAUGCUGAGCGCGCAUAAUAUGCCUGUACCGCCACCCGCCACUCUAGAGGGUAACGAGACCGAUUUAGCUGCGCCAAAGGGCGAGGGCAAGAGGGGCGAGAAGCGGAAGAAGAUUAGCAAAAUAGGCGGGCGAAGUCCUGCGCCAGUCGUUUUGACUGUGGUUGAUAAAGGUGACGGAGUCAUAUUUGCAUUCUGGUUCUUCUUUUACAGCUACAACCUCGGCAACAGCGUCUUUGGGGUCGGCUUUGGCGACCAUGUGGGGGAUUGGGAGCAUAGUGUCAUGAAAUUCCGAAACGGGGUUCCAGAGACGAUGUUUAUCAGCCAGCAUACGGGUGGAAGAACCUACACCUUUGGCGCCAUGGAGAAGUAUGGCAAGCGCCCCGUCAUCUACUCCGCCAAAGGCAGCCAUGCCAUGUACGCCACAACCGGCAUCCAGGCGUACAUCCUCCCCUUCGCCAUCCUACACGACACAACCUCCCACGGCCCCCUCUGGGACCCAGCUCUAAACGUCAUGUCCUACCACUACACCUCCCCCUCCGACCACUCCGACGUCGGCGCCAAGUUGGUCAGCGAGCCCUCCGCAUCCGUCAACUUCGCACCCGGCACACUCACCCCUAGUCUCCAGAACCCCAACGCCCCGACCAGCUGGUUCCACUACGCCGGCUGCUGGGGCGACAAAGGGUACCCCUCCAACGACCCCCGCCAAUACCAAGCCCCCAUCAUCGGCGAGCGCAAAUUCGUCGACGGCCCAUUCGGCCCACGCUUCAAAUCCAUGGGCCGUCCCGACAUCUGCAUCCAGCACGGCCCCUGCGAAGUCAGCACGACGAUCGCGCCCCGCUUGUGGCUGCUCGACUGGCUGUACAACUGGGCGUGGGUGUGUGGCGGGUUCCUGGCGCUGGUGGUGGUGGGGGUUGCGGGGUAUACGGUGGGGAGACAUGUGAAGUGGGGACAUAUGAUGUUGAUACGGAUCCGGAAGGGGAGGGGGGGGAAGAAGAUGCUGGAGGAUAUGGAGAGGAGUCCGUUGUUGAGUGAGGAGGCGGAGGAUGGGCCGGAGCCGAGUGUCGUGGCGUUGGAUGUUGAGGGGGGGAGAGCGGUGACUUAUGGGACGAUAAAUGCGACGGUGGUUGAGGGUGCUGCUGAUAGAGUUGGAUAG